AUGGCGGCGGCGCGGUCGAGUCUGUUGGACAUGAGCAUGAAGCGCUGGUUGAAGUAUCUUUUCAUAGCAACAAUAUUUGGAUUCGUGAAAGCUCACCAAUUCAUAAGGCUAGUUAUUUUGGCUAGUCUGGGUUUGGCAGGACUGUGGAUGGUCCACACACUAGCCCAAGACUAUAACAAAAUACAGACUGGCGGAGGAGAUGCUACAUCCAGUGGCGGAGAUACCAGGAUCUUUAAAAGAUCGGUCGAAGCGGCUCAAAGCCACCGAAUUGAUUGGGAAACGAUUCUAUCGAAAGACCCGGCAAGCUGCACGAGGAGCUUUAUCUGUCAACUGGCUGCAACCGAUAGGGAACACUUGAGCAAAGAAGAACUGUUGAUGUUGGAAUUAAGCAGGGAUACGCUAGAAAAGGAAUCGUGGGCAAGUAAAGAGCUACAAGAAGCGAUAAACCACGGGCAAAAAGUUAAGCAGCCAAAUCAGUGCAUGAAAAUUUACAAGUACUGCCCGUUUACCAGCCAGAUGAUGUUAACGUUAUUGAAGAUGUUCAGCAGAUAG